UGUGAAGGUAAAUAAACAGGCUUUCCAACAAUGUAAAAUAAAAUGCCAAUUAGCAUUGUAACAACAGAGAAAUAAUCCACCAAACACAAAUUUCCAAACUUUUUUUCCUGAGUCAUUGAGACAUUCUGGUUAAUCACACCACACUAUAACACUCACUCAAAUAGGUUUAACAUGUAGGGGGGAAAUCGUCAGAAAAUGAUUGAUUUCUGACAGAAUGCCCCAACAAGGGCGACAUCAUGCCUUGUUGUGAACAAUCUCUGAAACUCAUUACAAUUUGAGGUAGGAACCAAUGACCUGACGCAGACACUAGUCGGAGCAUUCCGCCGCGGCCCUACCGGAAGUUUAGCCGGUUGCUGUGGGUGAACGAAGGCAACACUGACAGCAUCGCAUCAAACCAGACGUUACUAUCUCUUUCCCCCAAGCUAACCCAGUUUCCCCCUUUUCCCUUCACACACAUGGCGUCCAACUCUAACAUAGACAUCGAGGGUGCGACCCAGCACCUCCGGGACAUCCUGAAGCUCGACCGGCCCGGGAACAGCACCGAUGCACCAUCAAGUGAUGGUCCAAGAAUGCCAUCUUUUAACGGAGAGCUGAAUGGGUUACUGGGAGCAUCAGGCCUUCUCGGGGGCCGUGAUCAGUCAACCAUGUCAGACUCUACCAGACCCAUCUCCACAGACCUCAGCACCACUCAGGAGUGUCAGAUAAUCUGCCUUUCUGGUGAUGAUGGCUCCACCUGUAUCCCCAUCACCUCCAACAAUGUGGAGAUUGUGGCGAGCCAAGAUUCCAGCAUCAGCAGCAAGGCUCGUGGCAGCAGCAAGGUGAAGAUUCAACCUGUUGCCAAGUACGACUGGGAACACAAGUAUUAUUAUGGCCGACUGAUAGCCGUGUCCAACUCCUUCCUGGCAUACGCCAUCAGAGGAGCCAACAACCAUGCAAUGAUUCGUGUCCUGAGUGUGACUUUUGCUGAGCGCUCCCUACUGAAGGGCUUCACUGGAGCUGUCACAGAUCUGGCUUUCGCCCACCUCGACUCCUCCCUGUUGGGUUGCGUAGAUGAAGCGGGCAACCUGAUUGUCUGGCAGCUCACCUGCACUGGAAGCAAGAUACUUGAUCAGGUGGUGAUUCAUGUCCGACGGCCAGAAGACUCUCCACUGAACUCCCACCGUCGCCUCAUCUGGUGCCCGUUCAUCCAAGACGACAAUGAGGAGAAUCAGGAUGACACAAGCCAGACCUUAGCCCUUCUACAUGAAGACAUGGCUGAGGUGUGGGACUUGGAAGUCUUGAGAGCCAACCACAGCAGUUGGCCCAUCGACGCCACAGACCUGAAAGAAGGCCUCAUCACAAUCAAGGGACAUACGCAGCGAGUCAGCGAAGGGGCCCUGUCUCCAGAUGGAACCGUGUUAGCCACAGCCAGCCAUGAUGGAUACAUCAAGUUCUGGCAGAUAUACAUAGAAGGGGUACAGGACAAACCGAGAUGUCUUCAUGAAUUGCGGCCUCACGGAGGACGCCCCCUCUCCUGCCUUCUUUUCUGCGACAACCACAAACGACAGGAUCCAGAGGUUCCUUUCUGGCGGUUCCUUAUAACUGGAGCGGAUCAGAACCAGGAGUUGAAAAUGUGGUGCACUGUUUCCUGGACCUGUUUACAGACCAUCAGGUUUUCUCCAGAUCUGUUUAACUCAUCAGUUCUGCCAAGUCUGAAGGCCAGUCUGGACCUCUCCUCUGAGUAUCUCAUCCUCACCGACGUACAGAGGAAGGUUCUGUAUGUGAUGGAGUUGCGGCAGGAUUUGGACAAAGGCAAGGCCAAUUUCACAGCGGUGUCCGAGUUCCUGCUGACCCACCCUGUACUCAGCUUUGGGGUCCGGGAUGUCGCCCACAGCCGAUUGCGACACACUGAGGUUCUCCCUGCAGAGGAGGAGAGUGAGAGUAUGACAACAGAGGGCACUCAAGGACCGACAGAGUCCAAGUCUGGGAUCCAAAUUAAACUCUACUGUGUUCACACCAAGAGUCUGCAGGAUGUCCAGAUCUGGUUUCAGCCCCACUUGGGUUCCAGCUCUUCAGUCUUCCUGCCUCACUCUGAUUCCCAGGAUGGUUUUGCAGGGUUUUCAGACCAUCUCACUGACCAGAGCUCUGACAAGGAAUCAGGAAGUGGCUCUCAGACAGACCUAAGGAAGAUCCCAUCACUUCCUGCUCCCGCUGACUUCCUGUCAAACUCUGGCGCCAGCAGUGGGAUCAAGCUGAUGACUCCUGACGCCUUCAUGACACCAAGCACUUCGGUACCGGCAUCUCCUGGCAGCAGCGCCAGCAGUCUGACCAUUGUGACCGCUAUCAGCAGCAACUCUGACUCAACUAACAGAACUAUGGAUGAUAUCAGUCAGAGUCCUAACAGAGCAGAGAACAACAACAGUAGUCUGGCACUCUCCACCUCCACCAGCAGCCCAAGACCUGCUUCUGCUGUGCUGCUGCCUGGACUGGAGAGCCUCCAGGCUUUGUCGUCCCCUAUUGGUCCUAUGGCACUCGACAGCCCUCAGAUUCUGGAUUCUCCCCUGCUGCCACCUCUGGCCUCUCCGACCAGGGCCCGCUCCCCCGACGUCAUCUCCUCUGCCUCCACAGCCAUGUCCCAGGACAUGCCGGAGAUCGCCUCCCAGACAAUGCAGCUUCAGCGUGGACUAGUGUCCAGUUUGGAGCCCUUACCUCUUUCUGCUCUCCAGACAGACAGCAUGGCGUCUGCUGCAUCUGCCCUGCACCUACUCACCUCACCACGCACAGCCAACAACGGCUUGUUGCCCCUCGAGCUCGGAGGUGCCGAAGGGCCAGUGGGCGGGUCAGUGGAGUCAGAGCCCAGACUCAGCAACACCCCGUCUCUACUUGAGAACGCCUUAUCACAGGAGAACCCUGGGGUCGGUGGAGGGUCCUCAGAUGGCGGUGUUGGCCUCACACCUUGGCCGGCAGCGCCUGACAUCACUAGAGAAACCAGGAACAGCCUCAGGGACAAUGGUCUUGGAGACUGUUCCAGAGAGGAGUCGAAGGACAGACACUUGAGCUCACCUUACCAUCGACGCUCCUAUCACCUCACACAGAAUGACAGUCAGGACGCUGGCGCAGACCAGAGUGACCCUGACGACGAGGUGGCCAGCCUGGCAUCAUCCUCAGGAAAUUGUGGCGCUCGUUCUUCUCACAGGCUGCCAGUUAAGGACUGGAAGACCUCACCACGAGGCUCGCCAAAAGUAAAGAGGAAGAGCAAGAAAGAUGACGGUGAUUUGUCUCAGUCCAGGCAGAUGGACUCUGGUCAGAUGAAUGCAGAAGUACAGAACGAGUUGUUGAUGCUCCUGCGUAGCCAGCAGAGGGAGUUAACUGAACUGCGUGGACAGAUUGAAGCCAUGCAGAGCACCAUUAUGGCCCAGGUGGAGCACGUCCUUACCAACCACCAGGAACAAGAACAGCGCAGACUGGAGCGGGUUCUGGCAGAGAGUCAGAAUCAUCAGCAGCAGCUUCAGGAACAACUCAGCCAGCAGCUCAGCCACACCCUCAGCUCGGUGCUAACCAACAAAAUGGACAAGGUGCUACGAGAGGAAAUGAAGAAAACAGUCCCACAAACAAUCUCUAAGAGUCUGGAGCCAGUGACAGGUCAGCUGAGCAAUACGAUUGCUGCUAAGCUGACCGCUGUGGAGAUCACCCUGAAGGACAACGUCAGCAAGGUGGUCAAAUCCAAGAACACAACGGACGCAAUUGGUCGAGCUGCAGCCGAAGCGAUGCAGGGGCCCAUCCAGGCGGCCUAUAAAGACGCCUUCCAGAGCAUCGUGCUGCCUGUUUUCGAAAGAGGCUGCCAGUCCAUGUUUCAACAAAUCAACGACAGCUUUAAACAAGGCACAAAAGAAUACAUCCAACAGCUUGAGACCCAUAUGAAGAACAGAAAGCAGAGAGAGCAGGAGACACGAGACCCCGUGAUCGCUCAGCUCCAGCAGUCGAUCGAAAGCUUCCAAAGCUCCACCGAUCAGCUGGCCAAUAACAUCACAUCUAAUGUCCGGGCAGACGUCCAGCACCAGAUCCAGAUGAUGGUGGGAAAUUUGCAGGAGUCUAUUCUUAGCCACGUGCAGCGAAUUGUCAAAGGGGAGGUGAGCCUGGCGAUGAAGGAGCAGCAGGCGGUGGUUACCUCCAGCAUCAUGCAGGCGAUGAGGUCAGCGGCUGGCACGCCCGUCCCAACAGCACAUCUAGACUACCAGACACAGCAGGCCAACAUCCUGCAGCUCCUCCAGCAGGGCCAGCUCAACCAGGCUUUCCAGCAGGCUCUGUCAGCGACAGAUCUGAACUUGGUCUUGUAUGUGUGUGAAACCAUCGACUCUCAGCAGGUGUUUGGUCAGCACGCCUGCCCACUCAGCCAGCCCGUGCUGCUGUCGCUUAUCCAGCAGCUCUCCUCCAACCUGACAACCCGCUCUGAGCUCAAAAUCAGCUACCUGGAGGACGCAGUGAUGAACCUGGACCACGGCGACCCGCUGACGAGGGACCACAUGUCCUCCGUGUUGGCCCAGGUCAGACCGAAGCUCUUCGCCUUCCUGCAGCAGGACCCCCACAGCCCGCUCAGCAAGAGGGCGCGGCGCCUGAUGAUGAUGCUGCAGGGGCUCGUCAGCCACUAGUCCUUCGUUUAAAGAGCGGUGCAGUAGAGUCCUUUCCCCCCACAGAUACACAGCGCGAGUCAAUUUUUUAGUUCCGAGUCCACGUAUAUUUUAAAGGAGAAUGCAACAGCGACGGCUUCACCCCAGCUCGAUGAGCCGAUGACGGGAUGUGUUGUUGGUUGUAGAGAGAAGACCAGCUCGACAAAUCCAACUCUUUCUCCCCUGUUCCUCCCCCUGCUCUACCUGCACCAGUGAAGUUAGGAAAUAGAAGCUGUUUUACGUUUCUGUUUUUUUUUUUUUUUUGUUUCCUGGACAUACCUACAAAGCAAGACAAUAAUGGUCUGGACAACUCUUUAAGUUCACUGUAGAUUCUUCAGGAUCUUUGUUAUUGCUGCUUUUCCUCCCUAAAGAGACCAUUCUGGUUGUCUCGCAUCUUUUUAUCCCCGUAAAGAAACAAAAAAGACCGUCUCAGAAAUGAGCCUGAAAUUUCUGGUCGUCCCCGUCUCCCAGACACAACACACCUGACACUCCCUUUGACGCCACUUCAUCCAAACGCGCAUAAGACUCAAAGAAUGUCCAGCCCGAGCGGUCCGCGAGACCGAACGUCGCUGUUUCUUUUGUUCUACUUGUGUUUUCAGACAUGCUGACUUUUUUGGGAUACUGAACAAGUCGUGAUGCGGGGGGCUACUUCCGAGCAACAGAAGGAACAAAAAGUCAAAAAAAGCCUUGCUUCAAAAUGUCGCCUUGUAUCUUGGCCUUAAGAGCAAAACAGCAAGGCUUUGACACAUUUUUUUCCCCCCCAGCAUCCUCGCUAGAGCCGACUCUGCAGGAUUACGCCGUCCUCUGUUCAGGUUGUUGUUGUUGUUUUUUUCAAGCUAAUCCCAGCAACCAAAAGUAUGUAACACUCAAAGCCAUUUUCUGUCGGUGGCGUAUUUUCUUUCAGUUAUUUCUUAAUAGGUUGGACAACAUUGCCACGCCUGAUCUCGGCAUCGCAGUGCAUCAAAGAGGAAUCAACAUGCUGAAUUGUUUUACCGAAAAGUUAAUUGAAUUUGUUCCUGCGUUGGUAUUCAGGAUGGAAAGCAUAUCUCGUACUUUUUUCCAUCUGGCCUUGUUUUCACAAAUCAUUCUAACGAGGGUCUCCGAAGGAUACAAAUAAGAUUAAAGGUUGAGAAAUAACAUUUUUGAAAUGUGUGAAGGUCCUCCAGGCUGAAAAGAAUUCCCCUUUAAAAAUUUGAAAGCCCAACAUGGAGUUUGGCAGCCGUCCACGUGUACAGCUCUGUCCUGUAAAACCGAUCAGAAACUUCUCCCCCCACGUUUUUUCUUCUUUAUCCCUUUUUUAUAUAAACAUUUAGCAUUUGUAAGACUUGUAUACUUACUUUAAGAGUUGUCAAACUAGUUAUAAUACAUAAUAAAAACACAUGCUUGUUACUGAUGAUGUUCUUUUAUCAGGCUAUUCCAAAUAAUGUUUGUGAACUUGAUGUGCAGUUACUUCUCAUAGGCUCUAGGAGGCAGCACUUAGUUGGACUGCAGACGUACACCCUUGUUGUCAUUUAGGUUUUUUUUGGAUUCAGAAAUCAUUCCUCCUCUUUACAAUAUCUGUUUUACCAAACAUUGAAAAAGCCUGCACCUGUUUGUUCUUCUUUAAAAGUGUGUUGAAAGUGUAUGAUAAUUUGUGUACAGCCCCAUUUACACGCAUUCAUUGUUUGAUCACAGGGUGGCCACACUGUUUUCGCUGAUUGUAAAAUAAAAGUUCUGUUCAUUUGACCUCUGUGUUUAGAUUCUAUUUAGUUGGAUUUGUCUAGCAAGUGCCUUAUUGUACUCUUCAUGUUUUGAUCCCGUUUGGGCCUUUAGACAACUUGUAAUGUUGGAGCGUUAUCCCACAGCAGUUCCUUUUUACUUUUACAAGCGUUUACGUUGUUAAAAACGUUGGAUCUGAAGCAAAGGCUCAAACAGCACAGCAGGGGAGAAUCUGUAUGUUUUGUGUUUGCAAACAUUUGACUACCAAGACAGCUGGUUUGAAAGAUAUUUGAAUGAUCAUGCAACAGAAAGAGAGAGGUAUUCUUUUUUUUUGACUACUACCAGCUUCAUCUUUCAGUUCCAGACCCGGUUUAUUGUCCUCAGAGUAGACGGACAGGUUGACUCCUGCUUUACCCGGAGUGGGAGAUGUGUGUGAGGCCAGUGUGUAUGUUAUUUUGUCCUCUUCCCAUUCUGCUCGGAUGCUUAUGUUGUAUCUUUUACGGUUUAUUUUACCCUAAACAUUUUGGAAUAAAAAAAGACUUGUUCACUUUA